UGAAAGUGGUGGUGAGAACCGAAAGUCAAAAAACACGUCUUAAGAUAUUGGUGGUGGUGGGGGAGAGACGGUGCACGUGACCGCACAGGAACUAAACCCGGACGUAUUGCCCGUCAUUAAACCGGAUUUGAUAAUCGGCGACUGGUCCGGCUGCCCUUCUUUUGUUUUCGUCUCGGCGGAUCAAACUUUUUUGUUCCUCCGUCUCGAGUUUGUGUUGUCUUUUGGACACCUAAAAAAAAAAACAAAUCUUAUCGAAGCUGUGAAAACCCUAGUUUCAAAUUCGUCUCUUUUAACCUAUCAAUUUUGGCAUAUGUCAUGAUGCAGUAUCCGAUUUCUUGAUCGGCUGCUGUAUGGAGACUGUUUGCUGUGAAUUGGUACUUAUAUUUGGAGUCUACGUUCCUGUGUUUUGAAACUGAGCUUUUUGCUUCUUCUUUGUUUGUCUGGAGCUUGAAGACAUGGAUUUGGAAGCUAGCUGUAAGGAUAAGCUUUCAUAUUUUCGGAUAAAAGAGCUCAAGGAUGUGCUGACUAAGCUGGGACUUUCGAAACAGGGAAAGAAGCAGGAACUUGUUGACCGGAUUUUGACCCUUCUUUCUGAUGAACAAGCUGCAAGGUUGUGGUCUAAAAAGAAUACAGUGCCAAGGGAAGAAGUUGCGAAACUAGUGGACGAUACAUAUAGGAAAAUGCAAGUGUCUGGGGCAAGUGAUUUAGCAUCAAAAGGACAAGUAAGUUCAGAUACCAAUAUUCUGAAAGUUAAGGGGGAGCCUGAAGAUCCCUUUCAACCAGAAAUGAAAGUUCGAUGUGUUUGUGGAAAUUCACUUGAGACAGACUCAAUGAUACAGUGCGAGGAUCCAAGAUGCCAUGUUUGGCAGCAUGUUGGCUGUGUUAUUGUCCCAGAUAAGCCUAUGGAUGGAAAUCCACCACUUCCUGAAUCAUUUUACUGUGAAAUCUGCCGACUUACUCGAGCUGACCCGUUCUGGGUUACCGUGGCACAUCCGCUCUCUCCAGUGAGGCUGACUGCAACGACCAUCCCAUCUGAUGCUACAAACACAAUGCAGAGUGUUGAGAGAACAUUUCAAAUCACAAGGGCAGAUAAGGACUUGCUAGCCAAACAAGAGUACGAUGUUCAGGCUUGGUGUAUGCUCUUAAAUGACAAAGUUAUCUUUAGGAUGCAAUGGCCUCAGUAUGCUGAUCUGCAGGUCAAUGGCCUUCCUGUACGUGCAAUAAACCGACCUGGGUCACAGCUAUUGGGAGUCAACGGCCGCGAUGAUGGACCUAUUAUCACACAGUGUAUUAGGGAUGGAGUUAACAGGAUUUCAUUGAGUGGAGGUGAUGUUCGGAUCUUUUGUUUUGGAGUUAGACUUGUGAAGCGCAGGACUCUACAACAGGUUCUAAAUUUGAUUCCAGAAGAGACUAAAGGGGAGACUUUUGAAGAUGCUCUUGCACGAGUCCGCCGAUGCAUUGGAGGUGGAGGUGGAGAUGAUAAUGCUGACAGUGAUAGUGAUAUUGAAGUUGUUGCUGAUUUCUUCGGUGUCAAUCUUCGGUGUCCUAUGAGUGGUUCUAGGAUAAAAGUUGCUGGGAGAUUUUUACCAUGUGUGCACAUGGGCUGUUUUGACCUUGACGUAUUUGUGGAGUUGAAUCAACGUUCCAGAAAGUGGCAGUGCCCUAUUUGUUUGAAGAACUACUCAGUGGAGCAUGUAAUUGUGGAUCCUUAUUUUAACCGUAUCACAUCUAAGAUGAAGCAUUGUGAUGAAGAGGUGACUGAAAUUGAAGUGAAACCUGAUGGUUCUUGGCGUGUAAAGUCCAAAAGAGAGAGUGAGCGUAGGGAACUGGGGGAACUCUCACAGUGGCACGCACCUGAUGGUAAUCUUUGUCCCUCUGCUGAUGAGGUUAAACGGAAGAUGGAAAUGUUACCGGUUAAACAAGAAGGUGUCUCAGAUGGCCCUGCCCCUCUUAAACUUGGAAUAAGGAAGAACCGCAAUGGCAUUUGGGAAGUUAGCAAACCUAAUGCAAAUGGAUUAUCUUCCAGUAAUAGGCAUGAUAAGGUUGGGUAUCAGGAGAAGAAUAUUAUACCAAUGAGUAGUAGUGCUACUGGAAGUGGUAGGGAUGGUGAUGAUGCAAGUGUGAACCAGGAUGCAAUUGGAACCUUUGACUUUGUAGCCAACGGCAUGGAACUUGAUUCCAUUUCCAUGAACGUUGAUUCGGGUUAUAACUUUCCUGACAGAAACCAAUCUGGAGAUGGUAUGAAUAAUGAAGUCAUCGUUCUAAGUGAUUCGGAUGAAGAAAAUGAUUUAGUAAUCACUCCGGGACCUGCAUACAGUGGUUGUCGAACAGAUGGUGGGCUGAAUUUUCCACUUAACCCUUCUGGAAUAAUUAACUCAUAUAAUGACGACCCACACAGCAUAGCUGGGGCAAGUUCACGCUUAGGUCUUUUCAAUGACGAUGACGAAUUUGAUACUCCCCUUUGGUCAUUUCCUUCUGAAACUCCAGAAGCCCCUGGCUUCCAACUAUUUAGAUCUGAUACUGAUGUCUCAGAAGGUUUAGUUGGCUUGCAUCAUCACGGUCCACUAAGCUGUGCUCCUGAAAUAAAUGGGGGUUACCCGAUGGCUCCUGAGACAUCAAUGGCAUCUGUUCCUGUGGUUCCUGGCUCGGCUGGACGAUCUGAAACAAACGACGGCCUAGUUGACAAUCCUCUUGCAUUUGGUAGAGACGAUCCCUCACUUCAAAUUUUUUUGCCAACAAAACCAGGUGCUUCUGCUCAGUCGGGUUUAAAAAACCAAGCUGAUAUGUCGAAUGGUAUCCGCAGUGAAGACUGGAUCUCGCUUAGGCUAGGCGAUAGCGUUACUGGGAAUCAUGGAGAGCCUGCAACUGUAAAUGGGAUUAACUCAAGCCAGCAGAUGUCUACAAGGGAAGGUUCUUUGGAGACUACUACAGUGACCGCUUCGUUGCUUCUGGGUAUGAAUGACAGUAGACAAGACAAGGCAAAAAAGCAAAGAUCAGAUAAUCCAUUUUCAUUUCCUCGGCAGAAGCGUUCUGUAAGACCUCGGAUGUACCUCUCCAUUGACUCGGAUUCUGAGUGAAAAUAUUCUUCCUGUUUUGUUCUGUUCCUGUUCUGUCUCGUCUGGGGAUGAUUCGGUGUUCCUUUGGAUUAUUAACGCUAUGCACAGAACAAUGAACAGGAUCAUCAGACAGCACACCGGAGUUUGCCAAGAUUUGCAAGAUUCUCUGUACAGGCAAGAAUUGAACCGGUAUUGAUGUUUUCUCUUGUAUGAUGUUGUUGACUCUCUUCAGUAUCGGUUCAGAAUCUUGGCCUUGUCUACCUUACACUGCAGGAUGUAUUUUGCAAAGCAAAGCACUACUGGCUGAUUUAGAUACACUAAUAGGCAAGAUAAGUUGGCACAGGUGGUUCCGGUUUAAUUGGUAAUUUUGUAUACUCGAAUAGGUUUUUUUCUUUUUAAUUGUGGACGAUGAUAAUAUUACUCGGAAGCCAGGAGCCAUAGAGAGAUAUAGCAUUGUAAAUUAUGUGCUCCAAUUUUUAUUUAUUUAUUAUUAUAAAAAAAAUGCAGCUCUUUAAAUCCUCCA